CCGACGUCGCUGGGGUCGCGGCCGCGUCCGUCAUGGCUAUUCUCGUCCUCCUAGUCCUCCUGCUGCCGGCCGGGCGCCGGGCGGAGAUGGGCGCCGCGGAUCCGGAGCCGCCCUCGGGCUUGUCCAUUUUACUCUUUGACUCUCUGACAGUGCCGCUGCCCGCCCGCGUUACCAUUGAGGCCUACAACCUGAACACCAUCCUGCUCUGGGACUAUCCGCCCACGCCACAGACGGCUGUCUUCACCGCGCAGGUGAAGACCUACGGGAAUGCAGUGUGGAUUGAUGCCUGCAAUACCUCUUAUCAUUAUUGUAAUAUUUCAUCCCAAAUUACUGAUCCAUCAAGUUCUCUCUGGGCCAGAGUUAAAGCGAGGCUUGGACAAGAAGAAUCGGCCUAUACAUACUCAAAAGAAUUUAUCUUAUGCCGACAAGGGAAGGUUGGACCUCCUAAACUGGAUAUCAGAAAGAAGGAAGACCAAAUCAUGAUUGACAUAUUUCACCCUUUAAUUGGCGUAAAAGGAUUUGAGCCAGAAGCCAUGUAUGAUGAAGAAAGUACUUGUUACAUGUUCACAUACAAGGUGUAUGUGAGAAUAAAUGGAAGCAGUGAGACCGCAGAGCGGAUGUACGAGUGCAGGGAAGAUGACUGCAACGAGACGCAGUGCCUCCUGCGUGUCCCCGUGUCGGCCCUGAGCUCUCAGUACUGUGCCUCCGCAGAGGGCAUCUCCGAAGAGUGGGCUGUCACCACCGAGAAGUCCAGAGAACUUUGUGUGACCAUCGUCGACGAGAACAGCCUAGAAGGUUCUGUUUGGAUUCCAGUUGUUGCUGCUUUCCUGCUCUUUCUAGUCAUUGUCCUGGUGUUUGUGUAUUGUCACGUUAAGAAGACAAAUCCGUGUAAGAGAAAAAAUGUCACGUUACCCAAGUCCUUGCUGUCUGUGGUAAAAAGCGCCUCUUCGGAGGCAAAAUCUGAAUCAAAACAUAUCUCACCCAUCACCUACCAGCCAAUCGUCCUGGAAGACGAGAAGGCGGUCUGGGAGGAGCAGGUGUCCCCAGCAACAGUUUCCGGGCUGCCUGCUGAAGAGAAUCCAGGAAAAGAAGAACCCGGAGAAGAGCUCUCCAGUGAGACGGGAGUGGUGGCCACUGAAGGAACUCCUGACAUGGCCCCGGGGAGCCCUCUGACCCCAGUAAGGACAGAGGGUUCUGUCCGCUUAAGUAGUAACCAGUCUGAACUCUGCAGCGGUGCUUUAAACUCCUAUCAUUCCAGAAAUGGCUCUGAUAGUGGCGUUGUGGAAUCAGACAGCUUCUUAUCUGACUCCGAAUUUCCCCCAAACGAUAAAAGUGAAGUAAAGACAGGAGGACAAGAGUCCCUAACGCUGAGAAACACUACUACCUCCUUCGGUUACGAUAAACCACACGUGUUGGUGGAUGUGCUUGUGGAUGAAGGUGCUAAAGAGUCCCUGAUUGGUUACAGAGUGACAGCAGAUUCCCACCGGUUGUCGUAAGGUGGACCCAGCUGCACCAGCUGUGAAGGAGCUGCUCUCCCGCUUUGAGUUCAUGAAAAGAUCCUGAUUUCUGGAAUCGUGUUUGUUGAUAUUAACCAGCUGGCAUGUUUUGGUUUAGAUAAAAGUUUGCAGAGCCUGUUUGGUCUGAAAACUGCAAAGGCUCUUUGAAAAAAACAAACCACCCUUAUAUAUAUACAAUGGAAUACUACUCAGCCAUAAAAAAAGACAAAAUCGUCCCAUUUGCAACAACAUGGAUGGGCCUGGAGCGUAUUAUGUUAAGUGAAAUAAGCCAGAAAGAGAAAGACAAACACUGUAUGAUCUCACUCAUAUGUGGAAUAUAAACCAACACAUGGACAGAGAAAACUGGACUGUGGUUACCAGGGGCAGUGGAGGUGGGGGGUAGGCACAAGGGGUGAAGGGAGUCAUAUAUAUGGUGAUGGACAAACAAAAAUGUACAACCCAAAAUUUCACAAUGUUAGAAACCAUUAAAACAUCAAUAAAAAAAAAAAAAACCACCCAUUGUCGAGCAUGGACCUUUCCGCCUGCACGAUCAGCGGUGACAGCGAACAGUCCUUGAUAACCCUGCUCCUGCAACAGAGGUGGUGCCCGCCCGACGUCCUCUCUGACCACUGCAGUUGUGUCGCAGAUCUUUCUUUUCUGUGCCCCCGUAUGAUAUUUGUUUGGAGGUUUGUGUAUAUAGUAUUUUUAUGUACUUGCUUCCAAAAGAAAUCCUGGAAACUUUUCAAAAUUACAUUUAAAAUCAAAUUCAAACCAAUAGAAUUAAUAAAGAGUAUGUAAAGAGAAAUGUAUAUAUUUUUUAUGGAGCAUACUGCAUGUAAAUAUUUUUAAAUAAAAUAUUUUUAAAAUUCA